GGGGGAGCUGAGAGCCAUCUCUGCUCCUUCCCCACGUCCCAACACAGCAAACCCCUAGAAUAAUAAAAUGGGAGGAAAAACGGGGGAAUUGUAAUGGCGGAGCAGGGGCUAGGAUCUAAGGCAGGAGCUGUGGUAGGAUCUAAGGUAGGGUUGGCAUCUCCAUGUAGCCAUGAAGGGCUCAGGGGGCUGCAGCAGCUCUCACUGAUGCCGUGAGUUGCCUGUUCUCAGCACACCAAGGGGUGCAGAUGUGCUCCCACACAUCCCCUGCGCUGGGGACAGCCCGGUUUGCUUUACAGCCGUGUCCCUCAGUGCCACCACACGCCCUCAGCCCCGGCUGUAAUUCACAUUAUUGCUCCUUUUCUGCUGGGCUGGAAGGCGCAGAUCAGCGAUCAGCGGCACCACAAGGGCUCACAAACAGAGGGAGCUCUUUCCGACACACACGCCGCGUUUCCGUGUCCGCCCCAGCCUCACACGGGUGGGUUCCACUGCCCCCGGACCCAGCGGCUUUGCGGGGACCAGCCCAGCCCGGCCGAGCUCCAUGGUGGGGGUUCAGCUCCGGGAUCCCCAGGAAGGGCUCGGAGGGCACGGAUGGAGGUGCUCACCCUGCUGGCUGUGGGUGACUCAGGGUGACCGAUGUGACCCACGCCCCUGUCCCCGUGUCCCUGAGUCACCGGCACAGCCUCGUGGCGAGCUGUCCCCGUGCGUCACAGCCCCCCUGGCCGUGACACCCGGCCCGGCACCCCGCAAGUGUCCGGCAGCGCCCCGAGGACAACAGACACCCCAAAAAGCGCCGGCCAGCAGCGACAUCGGUCACCCCGGGGGCUGCCCAAGGUACCUUCACCCUCUGGGGCCAUUCCCACUCGGGAAACGCAACCCCAGAAGUUUCCAUGCGAGCUGUGGGGGUCCGGAGCUGGCACUGGGUGGGUCCCCCCAACCCCGCCCCCGGUCCUCCGGUGUCCCCAGCACCCCCCUGGUGUCCCCAGCACCCCCCUGGUGUCCCCAGCGCCCCACGGUGUCCCCAGCACCCUCCUGGCCGGGGCAGCAGCACAGUGGGAAGGGAGUGAAGGGGUUUGCCUUCAUCACCGGAGGGCUUGCUUUUUGCUUGCUUGGCGAAAAGUCUGCUUUCUCACCGUAAAAUACAAAAAAAAACCCCAGCUGGGGUUGCGCUGUGCCGCCCGUCCCGCUGCCCCGAACCUCCCGGUGCCAACCCUGCAGCGGCACAAAGAGGGGCCCGGGGCCGCCCCUCCCCGGCACCGCCCGGCCCGGUGCCCCCGGCCGCGGGGGAGGGUCGGUCGGGCGGCCGAGGGGAGGGGAAGGCCGAGGAGGGGAGGGCAAAGGAGAGGGAGGAGGGCCGGGCCGGCCGGCAGCUGCUGCUGGCAGACGGAGAGCUCGUUUCCUGCUCGCUAUCGCCCGGCUGCGCCCAGCUCCGGUCCCUCCCCACGCCCGGGCCGUGCCUCAGUUUCCCCCCGUGGAGGUAUCCGCUGCAUGGAGGAAGCCGCUCACUGCAGCCCCUGCCUGCCCCGUCCCCUGCCCUGAGGCCACCGUGGCACUCUGGGUGCGGUGACAAGGUGACACCGUGGCUCUCUGGGUGCAGCAUCCGGGGACAGUUCCAUCACCAAGUGCCAGUUUUGACAGUGCCAUCACCACCCAACAGCACCUGCAGCUGGCAAUCCUGGCACUGAGACACCAGGCCUCUGGGUGACACGGGAUGAGUGUGCCAGCCGAGGAGCCGGGCAACCCUGCCCAUGCCAUCUUUGAGAGGUUCCUGAGAGCCGGGCAGUGCCAGGAGGUGCUGGGCUCCUUCCUGGAGCUGUGCCAGCAGCUGGGCGUGCAGGGCACGGGGCUGCAGCUCUACCACGGCCUCAAGGCUGCCCUCAACUACUGGAAUGCCAAGGCCCUGUGGAGCAAGCUGGAUAAGAAAGCUGGGCACAAGGACUACGACCAGGGCACAGCCUGUGCUGGCACCAAGUGCCUGGUGGUGGGCGCUGGCCCCUGCGGGCUGCGGGCAGCCAUCGAGCUGGCUCUGCUGGGAGCCCGCGUGGUGCUGCUGGAGAAGCGCGACUCCUUCUCCCGCAACAACGUCCUGCACCUCUGGCCCUUCACCAUCCACGACCUGCGCGCGCUCGGCGCCAAGAAGUUCUACGGGCGCUUCUGCACGGGCACGCUGGACCACAUCAGUAUCCGGCAGCUGCAGCUGAUCCUGCUGAAGGUGGCUUUGCUGCUGGGGGUGGAGGUGCACAUCAAUGUGAGGUUUGAGGACCUUGUUCCCCCCAAGGGAAAGGCAGGUGGCUGGCAGGCCGUGCUGCAGCCCAGCUCCUCUCCCCUCAGCCACUACGAGUUCGACGUCCUCAUCUCAGCUGGCGGUGGCAAAUUUGUCCCUGAAGGGUUCAAGAGGAAGGAGACGCGUGGGAAGUUGGCCAUUGGCAUCACCACCAACUUCAUCAACCGCCACAGCCGGGCCGAGGUGGAGGUGGCUGAGAUCAGCGGCGUGGCCCGAAUCUACAACCAGAAGUUCUUCCAGAACCUCUACAACAAAACGGGCAUCGACCUGGAGAACAUCGUGUACUACAAGGAUGACACUCACUAUUUCGUCAUGACGGCCAAGAAGCAAAGCCUGCUCACGAAGGGGGUCAUCCUUCAGGACAAAGCAGACAUUGAGAGCCUCCUGGCCCCAGACAACGUGAACAGGGAUGCCCUCCUUAGCUAUGCCAAAGAAGCUGCCAACUUCUCCACCAACUACUGCCUGCCCGAACUGGAGUUUGCCCUCAACCACCGGGACCUGCCGGACGUUGACAUGUUCGACUUCACGUGCAUGACGCGCUCGGAGAACGCGGCGCUGGUGCGGGAGCACAACGGGAGCCGAGUGCUCCUGGGGCUGGUGGGCGACUGCCUGGUGGAGCCCUUCUGGCCGCUGGGCACCGGCGUGGCCAGGGGUUUCCUCGCUGCCUUUGACGCGGCGUGGAUGGUGCGGCGCUGGGCGGCGGGGACACCUCCUCUGGAGGUGCUGGCUGAGAGGGAGAGCAUCUACCAGCGCCUCUCGCAGACAUCCCCGGACAACACCCACAAGAACGUCAGCCAGUACAGCAUCGACCCGGCCACGCGCUACCCCAACAUCAACCUGCAGGCCAUCAAAGCCAGCCAGGUCAGGGACCUCUACCUGGUGGGCAUGGUGGAGGUGGACCACCAUGGGAAGAGGAAGAGUGACGCCAGGCUCAGCACCGUGGCCCCUGGAGCUGUGUGUGAAGAGCUGCUGAGCUGGUGCCAGGCCAGCACGGCUGGAUACCCCGGCGUGGCCGUGACCAACUUCAGCACCUCCUGGACCAGUGGCUUGGCCCUCUGUGCCCUCAUCCACCGCUUCCGCCCCGACCUGGUGGACUUUGACUCCGUGGACCCCCAGGAUGCCAUUCAGACCCACCAGAUGUUGCUGGACGUAGCAGAGCAGGAGCUGGGCAUCCAGCCUGUCCUCUCCAGUGCUGAGAUGGCCACCCUGACAGAGCCUGACUGCCUGGACCUCAUCACCUACCUCAGCCACUUCUACCAAAUUUUUGGGACCUCUCCAGAGGCGGAGGUCAGCAAGAAGCCACUGUCUCCCCCUGGCACACGAGGGGCCAUCCUCUUCCUCAGCAAGCUGCAGAAGAGCCGGAACCUGGCACACAAACGUAGCCAGGACGGUGCCCAGAAGGACAGCGAGGCCAAGAGGAGCCGCAGGGACGCUGAGCUGGACACGGGGCUGGAUGGAGACACUCCGGACAGUGCCCACGAGCUGCCACACGCCACCGGCAUGGAGCCAGGGCAGCCGCCGAGGGACAGGACAGGGGAGAACAGCGACGCCUGCUACUUCUGCGGGCGCCGUGUGUACAUCGUGGAGCGAGCCAGCGCCGAGGGACGCUUCUUCCACCGCGGCUGCUUCCAGUGCCGGCGCUGCGGGGCCACGCUGCGCCUGGGCGACUACGCCUUCGACGAGGAGGAUGGUAAUUUUUACUGCUCGCUGCACUACCCCCAUCCAGCCAGCAUGGACCUGCCCCGGGAUGAGGCUUCGGCGCUGCCCGAUGGGGAUGCUGAUGCUGCUGCCCACGCGCCCUCUGAUGCUGGAACGUCGUGUGUGUCCCCCAUGGAGUGGGCACCCAGCCCUCUGCAGCCCACUCCAGCAGCCCCACAGGCUGGGGAAGAGCCUGGGGACGCUGAGGACACUGCAGAUGCUGGUGACACGGAGGAGGAGCAGGAGCUGCUGGCACAGCCUGGGGAGGAUGUGAGGGAAGAGGAGGUUCCCAGAGCGGAGCCCCAAGGAGCAAAAGAGGAGGGUGAGGAGAGUGGGGGCAGGAGGAAGAUCACCCUCACACCGCUGGAGAAGCUCAGUCUGUCCACGCUGAACCUCACCAGUGAAGCUGAGCCCGAGCCUCCACUGAAGCCAGCCCGUCUGAGGCUCCCAGCAGCACCCGAGGCCCUCCCUGCCCUGCGGCAGGGACAAGGCGCCUGGAAGGAGGAGGAGGAGGAGGAGGAGAAAAUUGACAUGGAGAAAGAUUUGGAGGACAGUGACAGCGAGGAGGGGGAGGAAGAGGAGGAGAAAGAGGAGGAGGACAAAGGCCUUGGCAUCGUGAAAGACUUGUACCCAGACCCCCGGGAAGAGGAGAAAUUCCCCACCUGGAAGCGCACCUUGGCCCGCCGGACCAGGGAGUCCCAGAUGAAGAGGUUCUGCAGAGCCCAGGCCAUCCAGAGGCGGCUGGAGGAGAUCGAGGUGACGUUCCGGGAGCUGGAGCAGCAGGGCACCAAGCUGGAGAAGCUGCUCCGGGAUGAGAAUGACAGCCUGGCUGACCAGCACACACAGUGGACAAACCAGCUGCUGUACCUGGUACAGAAGAAGAACAACCUGAUGAGCGAGGAGUCGGACCUCAUGAUCGCGGUGCAGGAGUUGAAGCUGGAGGAGCAGCAGUGCCAGCUCGACGAGAAGCUCCGGAGCUACAUGAACAAGGAGGAUGCCCUGAAGACGCCUGAGGAUGAGAAGGCUGAGCAGGAGAUCCUGAAGCAGCUGGUGGAGGUGGUGAACAAGCGGAACAUCCUCAUCCAGCUGCAGGAGGAGAAGCGGCUCAGUGAGCUCCGCGCUUGACCCGCACGGCCCCGGGGCCACCAGUGCUCCCUGGGGACCAGCAGAGUGUGAGUGAGUGAGUCCUGGGCUGGGCACCACCCUGAGCUACCUCUGGAGGUGGCGAUGCCCCAGGUGCCAGCAGCUGCCACAGCAAAUCCAGCUCCCUGCUUGCCAAAGUCUGUCACGGAGGGACCAGAGCCGCUGGAGGAUGCCCAUGUGAGGAGACACCGAGCAGCACUCAGCCCUGGGGUGCUGAGAGGGUGUUCCUGUGCAUGGCUGGAGUGCCUUUGCCUUGUGCUGGCUGGAAAACUCUCAGGGGACUGCAAAAGGGGGCUGUGGUGGCUCCCAGCAGCAAGGAGGUGACUGGCCACCAGAGACAGAUGCCAUAUGUGCACCUUCAGGAAUGAUCCCUCAAAGCCACCCUGGGACAUCCUUCCCAGCUGAGGGCAUCCAUCCCAGUCUGGACUGUCCAUCUCAAGGGACAUCUGCCUGUACAAACUGGGACCAGUGACAGACAGACUGGGCUGCUCUGCACCACUGCUUUUGGAUGCCACGUCCAUGCUGUCCCCAGCUGCUGCAGGAAACCAAGGUCAGAACUCUACCACGAGCCCCUUGGGCCAGGGAAGGGCUUUUUGUGCUGGAAUUCCUAUGGGAAUUGUGCUCAGGGCCAACACUAACACCGAGGACAAGGGACACCAGUGGCGGUGCCCUCCUUGCCCCUUUGGGGUUUCUUCUGCCUGGCAGUGCCAUACUGGCCUUUGCACAGACCUCAGAUGACCCUGCAGUCCCUGGCUGUUGCCUUUGAGGCCAAAUGGUGCUCAUGGCAGCCCAGAUGUGUUGGGAUGGGGGUCUCAGGUUCCUCUCUUAGCCCUCACCCUGUGCUCAGCCCUCAUCCUGCCACUUCCCUCAGCACCUCCUCCAGCCCUCCCUGUGCUUGUACCAGCCCUAAAAUCCUGCUGCAAACCCCUUCCCUUCAAAUAAAGCCCCCCUGAUCAGG